AUGCAUAAAAAUGCUGCAAUCAUCAAAUAUCCAGACGACAGGAAUUCGACGUCGACGAAUCUUAAGAUCACCGAAAAGAAAAAGAAAUUAAUUCCUGCGCUGCUGCAAGACCAGAUCAAGCAAGCGAGACCAUUCGUAAUCAUUUUAGAUAAGCGUUCGACAUUGAGAACAGCAAACAUCUCCAUUAGAAAUUCCGCAACUGCAUGA